GGAGCGCGGGGGGCGGCGGCACAUGGACCCGACCGGCAGCGCCGGGAGAACGGGCAGCGCCGGGGCCUGGCGGCUCCUCCCGGGCAGCGGGAGCCGCCCCGGCGGGCUGGGGGCGGCCCGGGAAGGUCGGGCCGGGGCCGCGGCGGGAGGAGCGAGCCCGGGGCUUCCCCGGCCGGGAUUGUUUUGGUGCCCGUGGAAAAGCCCCUGACGGGUUUUUGUAGAGCCGCUGGAAACUGGGCUAAGGAGUGAAAGGGAGUCGGAGGCGGAUUCCUUCAGAGAGAGGGGAAGUUGACGCACCGGCCUAAGAAUAGCUCAGGGAGGGGAAGUAUGGACAAUAUUGUCACCCAAGGUAACCGCGUGUGUCUCUGUGCCUGCCCGGCUUGUCCCAGGAAAAUCGGCCUUCCAGGCAACGCUCGCUCGGCUUUUCGGGGCCCCCGCGCGUGGGGAAGGCGCCGUUGGGCGGGUGGCAGCUCCGUGUGCGGCGCCCAGGGUGGUGCCUCGCCCGCGCGUUAUCGCCUUUGCUCUCCGGUUGUGUUUCAGCUGCUGAUGAAACUCCAGCCAGAAGCGGGGGAGUCGUUGGACCUUCCCAUGAUCAGGACCUUUGACUCGUAAAAGGCUCCUCGGAGAAGCCGGGCAGAGCAGAGGAGGAAGGAGCCGCCGGUGGCCGGGGGGUCAGACCCUGUCCUGCAGCGUGGGGAGUCGGGGGGCAGAGCAACCUGCUGUAUGUGGAGUUUUCGGACAAAAUGCUUUCUCUGAAGAAAUACUUCACUGAAGGCCUCAUCCAGUUCACCAUUCUCCUCAGCUUGAUCGGCGUUCGCGUGGACGUGGACACCUACCUGAACUCACAGCUCCCCCCUCUCCGGGAGAUCAUUCUUGGCCAGAGCUCUGCUUACACCCAGACCCAGUUUCACAACCUGCGCAACACCUUGGACGGCUAUGGCAUCCACCCAAAAAGCGUAGACCUGGACUAUUACUUCACCGCCCGCAGGCUGCUCAACCAGGUGAGGGCCCUGGACAGGUUUCAGGUCCCCAGCACCGAGGUCAACGCGUGGCUGGUGCACAGAGACCCCGAGGGCUCCGUCCCCGGCAGCCAGCCCAGCGCCGGCAUCGCCCUCGAGAAUGGCGGCGGAUUGCAGGACGGGAGCAGCCCCGAGAGCGGCGUGAGGGAGAGCGGGGCCGAGCAAGGCUUUGGGGAAGAACUGGAAGAUUUGGGAGCGGUGGCUGCGCCGGUGAAUGGAGAUCUGACCAAGGAGGACAUCGAUUUGAUUGACAUCCUGUGGAGACAGGAUAUUGAUCUCGGCGCUGGGCGAGAGAUUUUUGACUACAGCCACCGGCAGAAGGAGAGCGAAGUGGACAAAGAGCUGAGCGAUGGGAGGGAGCGCGGGGACGGCUGGAGGAGCGGAGGGAACCAGAUCCUGGAGAGGAACCUGCUAGUGGAUGGAGAGACCGGGGAGAGUUUCCCUGCGCAGGAGCUGGUUUCUCGUCGCCGCCUCCCUCAUCCCGCGGCUACGGCUGCUCGUGUUUUCCGGCAGGCGCCCGGCGCGGAGGAUCAGACAGCCCUGUCGCUGGAGGAGUGCCUUAGGCUGCUGGAGGCCACCUUCCCAUUCGGGGACAACCCGGAGUUCCCGGCCGCGGACGUGUCCCCCCUGAGCGAGGCCGUGCCCGGCGACAGCGGCUCCGCGGGCGGCCCCGGCGCCCUCCUGCCGCCCCUCCUUGCCGACACCGAGUCGCCCUUUGACCUGGAGCAGCAGUGGCAGGACCUCAUGUCCAUCAUGGAGAUGCAGGCGAUGGAAGUGAACAACACGACCGCCGAAACCCUGUACAACGGCACGAGCGGAGACCUGCUGGCUUCCAACUACAGCCUGGCCCCCGGCACCCCCAUCAACCAGAACGUCAGCCUGCAUCAGGCCUCGCUGGGGGGCUGCUCGCAGGACUUCCCCCUCUUCGGUGCCGAGAUCGAGAGCCCCUCCAUGGCCGGCAGCUCGGCCCUGCUCCAGCUGGUGCCGGACAACUCCACCGGCCUCAACGCCACCUUCGGCGCCACCAACCUGAGCGGGAUCUUCUUCCCGCCGCAGCUGAACGGCACCGGCAACGAGACGGGCGGCCCCGAGCUGCCCGACCCGCUGGGCGGGCUGCUGGACGAGGCCAUGCUGGACGAGAUCAGCCUGAUGGACCUGGCCAUCGAGGAGGGGUUCAACCCCGUGCAGGCCUCGCAGCUCGAGGAGGAGUUUGACUCCGACUCGGGGCUCUCGCUGGAUUCCGGCCACAGUCCCGCGUCGCUCAGCAGCUCGGAAGCCUCGUCCUCAUCGUCCUCGUCCUCCUCGUCUUCUUCCUCCUCCUCGUUUUCCGAGGAAGGAGCUGUCGGCUACAGCUCGGACUCGGAAAACGUGGACUUCGAAGAGGCGGAAGGGGCGGUUGGCUACCAGCCAGAGUACAGCAAGUUCUGCCGCAUGAGCUUCCAGGAGCCCUCGCAGCUGCAGUACCUGCCCUACCUGGAGCACGUCGGCCACAACCACACGUACAACAUGGCCCCGGGGGACCCCGAGGAGCCCAAACCCCCCAGCGCCGGCAAGAAGAGCGGCAAGGAGAAACCGUCCGAGUUCUUGGACAAGCAGAUGAGCCGGGACGAGCACCGCGCCAGGGCCAUGAAGAUCCCGUUCACCAACGACAAGAUCAUCAACCUGCCCGUGGAGGAGUUCAACGAGCUCCUGUCCAAGUACCAGCUCAGCGAGGCCCAGCUCAGCCUGAUCCGCGACAUCCGCCGGCGCGGCAAGAACAAGAUGGCAGCGCAGAACUGCCGCAAGAGGAAGCUGGACACCAUCCUCAACCUGGAACGCGACGUCGAGGACUUGCAGCGCGACAAGUCCAAACUGCUCAGGGAGAAGGUGGAGUUUCUCAAAUCCAUCCGCCAGAUGAAGCAAAAGGUGCAGAAUCUUUACCAAGAAGUGUUCGGGCGCCUGCGGGACGAGAACGGGCGGCCCUACUCCCCCAGCCAGUACGCGCUGCAGUACGGCAGCGACGGCAGCGUCAUCUUGAUACCCCGCGCCGUGGCCGAGCAGCAGUCCCGGCGGCAGGAACGCAAACAGAAGGACCGGAGGAAGUGAGGGGACGCGCGGCCGGAGGAGCGGGACACCCGCGCCAGGGAGAACUGCGGAAGGGCUGAGCCUGGAAGUACUUUGGAGGAACUUUCAUGCCUUCUUACCCGAUAUAUCUUCUCAAAACCACAAACAAUACCACAAACCGAGGCGAACUGCUGCCGGUCGGGGCCGGGAGAGCUGCGGCUUCCCCGGGGGGUCGGGGAGCGGCCCCCGCGCAGCCCGGACCGUGGGCGCAGGACACGGAGCUGCCACCGCGCGGGGACACGGGCACAGCUGGAAAAACUACUGUUAGGAACUGGCUUUCAGUAAGAAAAGAGGUUUAAGCAAACGAACUUCAAGUUAUAGGAGAGACGUUUUUCUGAACUUCCAAAGUUCUGUGAUUUCAGGUAGUUGUUUUAUUUUUCUCUUUAUUUUUUUUUUCCCUCCCCCCUUUUCUUUUUGUUCUCCCUGAACCGGUUUUGACAUCGGUGUGUGUGAUUCGACCCGACUUAAUUCCAGAUUAACCACCAUCCCUCCCUAGAUCAGACCGGUGCACGCGUGGAAACACAAGUGGGUGUGAAUUCCAUUAACCCUUUCCAGUCCGGGGCGGGGAGGAACUGUCCCUGUCCCAGCUUUAGGAGGUUGGGAGGGAAGGUUCUGGAGCUGGGGGGGGUUAACGGAGCCGGUGCCACACGUGUCCCCGCCGCUCGGAGGACGUCACUGCCACCGACCCCGCUCCACAAACAGCACAAGGGAGCGGGGGCACGCGGAGCAGCGAGCUGGUAGCAUUCCUGGUUCUGAACCGCGCUUGGAUUUUCAGGUUUAGGUUAUUUUUGUUUAGGGCUUCAGCCCCGUUUUUCCCUGUAGGGUCUUAGCGUGCUUGUGUUGAGUACAAGGGAGAAGCCCAAACCCUCAGAGCUGCUAAAUGUUCUCUUUGCCAUAAAGAUUCCGUGUAACCGUGUGAUCACAUUAUAGGAUUCUCUUCUGUCCCCAGGUGUUGGUCUGAUUGAUUCCUUUGUUUUCCGGAGGGGGGUGGGGGUAGUGCCUUGAUCACUGUCGGUCCCCGUCAGGGCGACCAUCCUAGAGCUGUAUGUACAAUAUAGCACAGCUGGGAGCCAACCGACUUUACCAGCAACUCAAAAGGCUUAAAAAGAGAAAAAAAUUAAAGAAAAAAGGCUUUUCCAAGCCCGUCCUGUGCACGUGACGUGGGGUGAGGCCGGAGGGAGCAUGUGGGGUGGGAACUCAAGGGAAGGAAACUGGAACGCAGGAGGGAGCUGCCCCGAGGGGCCGCGUGGGAUCCGGGGGGAUCGCUGGGGUCCCCAACGGCGCGAGACAAACUCACCGAGACCCCUCGGGAUCCCCCGACUCAGAUCCAGCGGCUUUACUGACGCGCGAGACGAAGCACAAGUGGUGAUGUGGGUGUGGGGAGGUUGGAAGGGAGCCCUGCGUGGAUGUUUUAAAUUAUUAUUUUUCCUCUUAGAAACUUUAUUUUAAUGAUCUGUGACCUGUCAGGGAAAGAAGAGAGAUUGUGUGAGCACAGGACAAAAAUAAAACGGCUUAUUCACUGUA